GCCUUGAGUAUUAGAAAUUGGAGUUCGUGUAUACGGGAGGAUAUGUAGAAACGGACGCAUUGAUAUGUCAGACCUGGGUGAAUUUCAGCUGAGCCACAGCCGCCGGGCGAGUCAUGUGAUGAGCCGUGAUAUACUCUACCGUGAUAUGCUGUGAUUCUGUGGCGCUCUGGACAGGACAGUUCCGGUUGGCUGACGCUGCCGAAAAAUAGGCCCGUAUGUAUAUUUGCUUUUCUUCAUAUUUAGCUAUAGCACAUAUGUAACUACCAGCCACUGGGAUUUAACGUGUACUUCGCUGGCCUGCGCAUGUAAGGUCGGGGUAGAGUAGAGUACAUAAGGGGCCAUUCAUGCGCAGACUGUGAUCUCUGAUCCCCCCCACCCCCCCCCUCCCGCGCCGAAUGGAUCCCAUGGCUACUAGUACAUUACCACGACAUCGAUUGCUCCUCGGAAGAAACCCGCAGAACUGUCCAAUCGACUGUGGAUCGAUAUGCUGCAUGCUCACGCAGCAUUGUUCGUCGACGUCUACGUGCGACAACGGCCCCGCUCCCGUCGACGGCGAGAUAUUCACCUCUACAUCUCGCAUCACUCGAACGGCGACGGACGUGGUCACUAGCGUCGGGGUGUUCACGUCUUCCAGGGCCACAGGCACGCCAUCGGUGGUGGUGGUGGAGGUACCGUUUUCGACGUUUAGGCCGUCAGGGACCAACACGUUCGUGGUACCCAUUCCAUCGAGCAGUGACCUCGGCGACGGCGGGAUAAUCGGGGGCGGCGGGAGCGGGGGCCGGAACGAUCCACCGUCCGCGGCCGCCCCAACAACCGCUACGGUUGUCGGCGUGACGAUCGCCGGAUGCGUGGGCGUCGCGCUACUCCUCUUUGUGCUUUUCUGGCUCCUCCGGCGGCGGCGGCGGCGGAGGGCGGGUGGUGGCGGUCGCGCGGAGCAGACGCUGCACUACGGGAAGCCGGUGGAGCUGGGUGGGGUUAUGGUAGUCCCCGAGGCAGUGGAGGCGCCAGAGAGAGCGAGCCCGAGAGCGAAAAGGGCCACACGGCAUGCGUAGUGAGUGCACUGCGGUUGGCGAUUUGGAGUGAGGGGGCAAGCGGGAUAGAUUUGUUUUGCAGUAUCGUGUAUGUACGUGGUGAGGGAAUUUAAUUUGGUGUUGGCGGGGUUGGGGUCACUGGGG